CCUGCCGAGGCAAUCGUUGGGAUCUCCGAGCUCCAAGCUCCAAAUCCAUGGCGGCAGCGGGACCCUAAACCCGGAGGAGAAGCUCAUGGCUUCAAUCUCACCAACAUCUGAAUCUCAGGCGUCGCCCUCUUCGGAUUACAAGUUCAAGACCGAGAAGAUAUUCCGAUCGAAUUCGAAAAGCAAUAAAUGCAUCCACCUCAUCCCUCUCCUCACUCUCCUCUGCCUUCUCAUCCUCUAUCUCUGCUCCCACGACCCCAACCCUAAAGGGUUCGAUGGAAUGAAGAUCGGGACCACGAUGGAGAGUCGUCGAGCGCUGAAGAAUGCUGGUCGCCGGAAAAUGGGAAAUGCUUAGAGUGGUGGCCGGAGAUAACGGGCGUUGCGACGGCGG